AACAAUGUACAUGCGUGACAGCGAAGGUCAGUUUUCAACAUGGCUGUCUGCACAAGGAGGCUUGACAAAGUUAUGUGUUCAAUAAGGUUGUUGCGGAAUGUAAAGCAUCAAAAUGAACGGUUUUUGUCUACAUCUUUGUGUCGCCUCGCACUGGAAAGUGACGGUGGCAAUCCAACAACAUUCACCCCUCCAUCCAAACCAGUUAUCAUUGACAAAACACAGACGGAGGCUUCACUGCGAAAAUUCCUCAGUCCAGAAUUCAUCCCUCCCCGGCAGAGAACAAAUCCACUGAAGUUCACCAUUGAGCGCAAGGACAUGAUUCAGAGGAGGAAAGUGCUGAACAUUCCAGAGUUUUAUGCUGGAAGCAUCUUAGCUGCGACCAUGGCCGACCCUCACGCCACUGGCAAAGUCAACCGCUUCGUGGGCAUCUGCAUCCAGAGAGGUGGCCACGGACUGGGAGCCACGUUCGUCCUGAGGAAUAUCAUCAGUGGCCAAGGUGUGGAGAUCUGCUAUGAGCUGUACAACCCACGGCUGCAGAAGCUGGAGGUCCUGAAGCUGGAGAAGAGACUGGACAGCAACCUGAUGUACCUGAGAGACGCCCUGCCCGAGUACAGCACCGUGGACCCAGACAUGAAGCCCGUUCCCCACUCAGUCACCGGGGAGGUCCCGGUCAAUACGACCAGAGUCCGCAUGCGCCCCAAGCCGUGGUCCAAACGCUGGGAGCGGCCCAAGUACGCCGUCAAGGGCAUCCGCUUCGACCUCUAUCUGACGCCGGAGAAGAUGGAGCACGCCCAGAAGUGGGCGCAGCCGUGGCUGGAGUACGACAUGCUGAAGGAGUACGACACCACAGAGCUGGAGAAGCGCAUCUUCGCGGAGGUGCAGGCCGAGAUGACCAAGUGAACCCCCCCCCCCGAACCCCCGGGGCAGUUUCCUUUUCAGUCAGUGAAAGCGGUGGAGGGAGGGAGACCAAAUAUACUUUAUGAACUCCCUGAGAACUGAGAAACGUGAAUGAAGAUGGGAGAAAGUGCUAACGCUGCUGCUGGGCGUUGCACGGUUUCUCAGAGGUUCAGAAGAACAUUGACGAGUCUGAAUCUGCCAUGGUGGAACCUUCUUGCGAAUGUCUUCCUUAUCCUUGGUUUCACCUGCGUGCGUCAAUGUGUCUUGAAUUGUAUGUCUGAGAAGGUGGUGUGGCAAGUUAAUGUGCAGUUGCAAGUAUUUCAAAUAAAAUAUGAAACGUUUUUUCUUAUCUU